AAAGAAUUUCAUAUUUAAUUUCGAUGCACCAAAAUUUUAUUUUAUAUGAACCCAAAUUUUGUGAUUCGCAUUUCCUAAUCCCAAUGUCAGUAUAUAGACAUACCCUAAACUACUUCUUCCUCGCCACCUUAUCUCCCUAUCUCCUCUUUCCCAUGUUAUCUCUCCCAAGCCUUUAGGCAAUCUUGCAGAGAGAGAGAGAGAGACAGAGAGAGAUGGAAGCUGCGUUUCAAACAAAAGGGUUGCUCUCUCUACCUUCAAACCCCAAACCCAAGUCAUUCAAUCCCCAAUCCAAUGGCCUAAGACAAAGACUCACCCCCUUAAACCCUCUAAACCCUUCAAAACCCACCUCUCUUCAUGGGUUCUCUCUAUCUCUCAAUGCCCUUCAUAAAGUUCAAGGCUUUAUCACAAGCCCAUCUCAAAGCAAGAAGCUUUUCAGCCAUGUCUGCAGAGCUGAAGCUGCUGGGGCAGAUGGGCAGCCACUUUUUGGUGAAGCUGAGGCUCCUAAAUUCAUGGGUAUUGAGAUUGUGACCCUUAAAAAGAUUGUGCCUCUUGGACUAAUGUUCUUUUGUAUUCUGUUUAAUUACACUAUUUUGAGGGAUACUAAAGAUGUGUUAGUUGUGACAGCUAAAGGGUCUAGUGCUGAGAUUAUACCUUUCUUGAAAACUUGGGUUAAUUUGCCAAUGGCUAUUGGGUUUAUGUUGUUGUAUACAAAAUUGUCUAAUGUGUUGUCAAAACAGGCUCUUUUUUAUACUGUUAUGCUGCCAUUUAUUGCCUUUUUUGGGGCUUUUGGCUUUGUGUUGUAUCCUUUGAAUGGCUAUUUUCACCCUACUGCUCUGGCUGAUAAGCUGCUUGCUGCACUUGGGCCUCGGUUCCUCGGUCCGCUUGCCAUUUUGAGGAUUUGGAGUUUCUGUUUGUUUUAUGUUAUGGCUGAGCUUUGGGGCAGUGUUGUUGUCUCUGUGCUGUUUUGGGGGUUUGCUAAUCAGAUAACAACUGUUGAUGAGGCCAAGAAAUUCUAUCCUCUGUUUGGGCUGGGAGCAAACGUGGCCCUUAUUUUCUCCGGACGCACAGUGAAGUACUUCUCUAAUUUGAGGAAGAAUUUGGGUCCUGGGGUUGAUGGUUGGGCUCUUUCACUUAAAGGGAUGAUGAGUAUCGUGGUGGUGAUGGGACUUGCUAUUUGUGCUCUAUAUUGGUGGGUCAACACUUAUGUUCCUCUUCCUACUCGCAGUAAGAAGAAGAAGGAGAAGCCGAAAAUGGGGACGAUGGAGAGCUUGAAGUUUUUGGUGUCCUCUCCAUACAUAAGGGAUCUUGCUACUCUAGUGGUAGCAUAUGGUAUAAGUAUCAACCUCGUUGAGGUCACAUGGAAAUCAAAGCUAAAAGCUCAGUUCCCUAGCCCAAAUGAAUACUCCUCCUUCAUGGGAGACUUCUCUACUGCCACUGGAAUAGCAACUUUCACGAUGAUGUUGCUAAGUCAAUGGAUCUUUAAUAAAUAUGGCUGGGGAAUGGCAGCAAAGAUUACACCAACUGUCCUGCUACUCACAGGAGUGGGAUUUUUCUCUCUACUCUUGUUUGGCGACCCACUUACACCUGCUCUCAUGAGUUUCGGGAUUACUCCACUACUAGCAGCCGUUUAUGUAGGCGCGAUGCAAAAUAUCUUCAGCAAAAGUGCUAAAUACAGCUUAUUUGAUCCUUGCAAGGAAAUGGCCUACAUUCCUUUGGAUGAGGACACCAAGGUCAAGGGGAAAGCUGCCAUUGAUGUUGUCUGCAAUCCUUUGGGAAAAUCUGGAGGAGCUUUAAUUCAGCAAUUCAUGAUCUUGACCUUUGGGUCACUUGCAAACUCAACCCCCUACCUUGGAGGUGUACUUCUGGUGAUUGUUCUUGCGUGGCUUGCGGCAGCCAAGUCUUUGGACACCCAGUUUACUGCUUUGCGCCAAGAAGAAGAGCUGGAAAAAGAGAUGGAAAGAGCAUCAGUGAAAAUCCCAGUAAUUUCUCAAAAUGAACCUGCCAAUGGUUCUAUUGCAAGCGGACCGGAACUAAGGCCAAUCAGAGGUGAUUCUACUGGUAGUUCAUAAAUGCGUAAGAUAUAAGCAGUGAAAACGAUGGUGAGUAUUUGACAGAGGCUUUAGCGACAACAUGGCAACAAUCUAUAGAAAUAAACGGAAAUGAUCAUCUAUAUACAGAAACAAUGGGAACAACAAUAGAUGUUGCUUACUGUGUCCUCAUUUUUCAUAGAAGUUUUGAAACUGGUUCUGUUAAAUUAAGCUGUAUUUCAUUCUUAUUACAUGCUAGACUUAUCAUUAUUUUUAUAUUCUUAUGGAAGUUUUUGAGUAA